CUGAUCAUGCGUGUGUUCAUAGUUCCCUCCCUGGUAGGCAAAGCUUUCCUUCAUUAUAAUCCGUUUAAACGUGCAUUGCAAUUAUGAGACGCAGUUGUGCAUUCGGCUUUAUGAAUGCAAAUUGCUUGACGUAAACUAAUACUCGACUCGAAAUUCAGUGUUUUGACGACCUGACGUCAUAACUCAAAGUCUCAAUAAGUGGAGUGUUCAGCUCGGCUGACGUCCCCGAAUUCCACUUCGAGUGGAUUCACAUUAACUUGGGAAGCAAGCCGCGCGGCGGACGCAGCUGGGUGGCAAUGUUGAUGAUCUGCGCUGCCGGGGGCUACAGGAAAAACGACAAAGUAAUCCAGCGCCGACCCACUUCAUCCGGCCGUGGGAGAGACGUAAGAUGAGGGCUGACAGAGUGAAAGAAAAGAAAAGUGUCUCCAAGCAGCAGGUAACGCAGCGCCCUGCCUGACAGGACCGCUGCCAUCAGCUCUGGCGAAACGCGUCGCGACGCAACGCAACGCAACGCGCAAAGUUUUUUUUGUUUGUAGCCCCCAGCAAGAUUCACGUGGGCUUACCUUUGGAGAUCUCUCCCAACUGUUUGGAGAAUAUAAACCGAGAAAAAAGAUGCAGCCUUUGCUCACAAUGCCGAGUUUUUUGCCGGUGAGAAUUCAGCCUGGAAAGCGGGCGACGGGAACAAGCGGAUCCACACAACGCGUUUAACAUCGAGCGCUGAGAUGCGUCCUCACCCUGAACGGAUGAAGGGGUCGCUUUGCUGAUAACACUUUUUUCUUUCUCUCUUUCAUUUCGAAUGAACAUCUCCCGAUGAAUUCAGCACUCAGCACAUUUCCAGAAGGCGUGACAGCAGGAAAGAAAACGGUAGCCCAAAUGUAUCAGGAAAUGGCCCUCCUAACGAGCAGCACAGAGCGCCCCUUCACCACCACCACCACCACCGCCGCCACCUUCUCUUUCAACCAUCUGGAGAACCCGCAUGAGAUUCGCACCAAAAAGGGCAUCUUCUACAAAAAGGCCAAAGCCGUCCGUCCAAGGGAGGAUUGCUAUCAUAUAUCAAACUUAAGCGACAACAGGACCACAUGUGUCAUAAUCAACGUUGGCGGGAUUAAGUACAGGAUUCCUUGGACUACCCUGGAUGAGUUUCCACUGACCAGGCUCGGGAAGUUAAAAACGUGCAACAAUUAUGAGGAGAUAAUGGACGUUUGUGAUGACUACGACGUCAGCUGCAAUGAGUUUUUUUUUGACCGCAACCCUAGUGCCUUCAGAACCAUCAUGACCUUCCUUGCAGCGGGGAAGCUUAGACUUCUCCGAGAGAUGUGCGCGCUCUCCUUUCGGGAGGAGCUGCUCUACUGGGGCGUUGAGGAGGAGAACCUGGAGUGGUGUUGCCUUCGCAAGUUGCGCCAGAGGGAGGACGAGUACGCGGAGGCUCGGCGGCUAGAAGAAGACACCUUCCCGGUUGUGGAGGAGCCACCCGUUGCCUUUCAGGAUGAGGUGCACAUGAGCGGCUGCAGGAGGAGACUCAGGGACAUGGUGGAGAAUCCGCAUUCAGGGAUCCCUGGGAAAAUUUUUGCAUGCCUCUCCAUCAUCUUUGUGGCCAUUACGGCAGUGACGCUGUGCAUCAGUACGAUGCCAGAUCUCCGAGAAGAAGAAGAAAAGGGAGAAUGCUCUCAGAGGUGUCACAACAUUUUCGUCCUGGAGACGGUUUGCGUGGGAUGGUUCUCCCUCGAGUUCUUCCUGCGGUUUAUCCAAACACAAAGCAAGUGCGUCUUUCUGAGGACUCCGCUGAAUAUCAUCGAUAUCAUGGCGAUUCUGCCGUACUACAUCACCCUGAUCGUGGACUCCUUGUCUAUCCGAAAGAAGACCGUCGGGUCGGGAAACAACUAUCUGGAGAAAGUGGGCCUUGUCCUCCGAGUGCUGCGAGCCCUGCGGAUUCUUUAUGUCAUGAGGCUGGCCCGCCAUUCCCUGGGCCUCCAGACCCUUGGUCUGACAGUCCGUAGAUGCACACGGGAGUUUGGGCUGCUCUUGCUCUUCCUCUGUGUUGCGAUGGCCCUCUUCUCCCCAUUGGUGUUCCUGGCCGAAAGUGAGAUGGGAGCCAAGCAGGAGUUUACCAGCAUCCCCGGCUGCUACUGGUGGGCGGUAAUUUCCAUGACCACGGUUGGCUACGGUGACAUGGUGCCCCGAAGCAUCCCAGGUCAGGUGGUUGCGCUCAGCAGUAUCCUGAGCGGCAUCUUGCUCAUGGCCUUCCCCGUCACCUCCAUCUUUCACACCUUUUCCCGAUCCUACCUGGAAUUAAAAGAGCAGCAUCAAAGAGCCGCCAGGCAAAAACCCGACUCGCAAGACAAUUCCAAGUCCCAGAACAGCGACGAUUCCCAGGAAACGGACAGCUCUUUCCCAGUGGGGGUGCCGGAAUCUUCGCUACACAGGAAGUCUGUGACAGCAGCUUUGUUGAAGAGCACGGAAACUAAGCCUUUACCAAAGAACAUGACGGGAUGAGUGAGGAAAGCGACUCUCGUGUGUGUGAAUCCUACCGACUACGCCACCUCCUAGAACAUUCUAGAAGGAUGGGGGGAGCUGCUUACUGAAGACUUUCAAGGACACAAGGGAAACAUGAAAACUUUUGCCUUUUCAUUCACGGAGUAGGGGUUUUUGUUUUGUUUAGUUUUGUUUUUUUAAAUGAUAUUCAUCACCGGAGAGCACAUAUUUAAUGCGGCAGGCUCAAGUUCAUACAGCUGAUUAGUAACCGGACUUGUAUUCUUUUGUUGUCUUUCAUGUGCUGUCAAAUAAAAAUUGGAAAAAGGAUUUUCAAAAUUUCAUUUCAC